AUGGCUACACAGAGACGAGCCAACGAGGCGGAGGUAGCGGUUGCGAGGCAUCGCGAUCGGGCUGCUGCCGAGAUGGAGACCAUAGAAAAGAAGAGUGUGCAGGUAGACGAGGAUUCGGCGGAACUGAAGAGGAGGCUGGUACUCCUUCGUCAACAAGAAGCUGAUGUUAGGGCUGACAUGAACGGCAUGGUUGAGAUGGCUUCUCGGUUGAAGAAUAGGGCCCAGCAAGUUGCUGAGGCCUAUGCGGCAGCUGAGCAUGUCCGUGCAGAGGCACACAGACUCCAUGCAGAGCUUAGUGAUAGGGAGAAUGAACUGGUGGAAGGAGCAAAGGAAAUGGAAGAGAUGAAGAGGGAGAUCGAGGAGCAGCGACUGAGGGUUAUUGAGGCCGAGACUGCAGUCAGUGCCCGGAAGCUGGAGAUGAUGAACCACACUGACACAUUAGGAGGCAUCGCCAUUGAGACUCUUGGAUCAGCCUCCUCUCAGCCAAAUUUGAGAGCUACCUUGUCCUCGGCGCAGGUUGGCCACAGACAGUCGAGGAGCAUGUCACGAGUCACCACGAGGCCACAACUGCUUCGAUCUGUUCCCGAUGCUGACAAGUGGAGGAAGCUAAAGGAGGAGGCCAUGCAGAUUGAUGA